CUGCAAAACGGCAGGAACUGCCUUGUUGCACUGCCACAUUUCGCACUUUGCUUGCACGCUGAGUUCCUGUGUGCCGGAACAGCAUCGUCCUUCGCAUUGUUACAUAAUAGCAUCGGCUACUACAUUAGAGACACCCAAAAAAACAUGCAGCGGGGCCUGAUGCGGCACCGGAGGACUGGCAGUCGCUGCGGGGUUGCAUGCCCGCAGCAGGGUGCCACCACUUCAAGCGGACACCGUGUACCGCGCCGCACCUGGACAGUGCAUACGAGCAAACUCGAGCUAGCGGCAUCGUCAGCGGCAGGUACUGCCGCACUGCCCGAGGCGGCCGCUGCUGCUCGGUGCGCCCGCGACGGCAGUAGCGGCAGCAGCAGCGGCAGUAGCAGCAGUAGCCGGCGCGGGGCGCUGCUACAGCUGGCUUCGGCUUCCGCCGCCGGCGCCUGGAGCCUGACGACGGCGGGACGGGCCAGGGCUGAUACAGACCCGCUGCCCAAGACGUGCACUGGACCAGACCUGCUGCUGCCCUACGCCGAUCCCUCCGGCCGCUUCCGGCUGGCGGUGCCGUGUGGCUGGCGGCAGGUCACCAGCCUCAUGCCGGGAGGGUCCGUGCUGGCCUCCUUCUACAACCCUGAGGAGCCGGGCGCGGAGACCUUGGCGGUGUACGUGGCGGCAGCACCCGAAGGCGUACGGCGCACAGCGGACCUGGGGCCACCCGAGGAGGUGGCGGCCGGCCUGGCGGGCAUCGCGCCCAACGGCCUCGUGAUGGGGUCGUACGGCAGCAGUCGCGGCGGCCGGCAGUACGUCACGGUGCACGUGCAGUUUGGUGGCAACACGGCCGGGGUGUUCGGCGCAGCUCGCGAGUUCCGGGCAAUCACCGUCGACCAGGGCCUGCAGUACACGCUGCGUGUGACCAGCACGCGCUACCGCUACCUGGCGCACGCGCGGGUGCGGCAGCUGCUGGCGGGCGCGGCGGACGGCUUCGAGCUGCUGCGGGCGUGAGGGUGGGGCGCAGACGUGUCUGGGCGGGGGGGGGGGAGAGGGGGGGCAGUGGUGCAGUUGGGGGGAGGGAGGGGAGGGGAGGGCGCAGUGAUAGGGAGGGGCAAUGGUGGGAAGGGGCAGUGAUGCAUGGAGGGGCAUGAUGGGGUGGACGGCCGUGAUGGCGGUCUAGGCACGGCCACACGCUCUGGAAGCGCCCGAGUGGGAGGGGACUGCACGAGAAGAGGAUGGGGUAGGAAGAAGCAGAUUGGAGGCACAUGUACACGCGGGUGGACUACGGGGGCUCGCACGGCUCCAUGCAUGUGGGGGGCGCGCAGGAGGUGGAUAAGAAGCUGACUAGCUGGAGCUCGCUCACAUCGGGGUGUGUGUGCAGAGAAGCAAGCAAGCAAAAUGUAAAAUACUCUCGCG